CAGGGCAUGAAGGACAGAGGCCAUAACAGGGACCCGAAGCAGUGCCGCGUGAAACUUAAGGAGCUGAGGCAAGCCUACCAGAAAACCAGAGAGGCGAACGGCCGCUCCGGGUCAGAGCCCCAAACAUGCCGCUUCUAUGAUGAGCUGCAUGCCAUUUUAGGGGGUUCAGCCACCACUGCCGCAGCCGUGUUGUUUGACUCCUUCAAUGGAGAUGGAGGCAACACGGAAGCAGGUUUUGGGGACGAAGAAGAUGAUGAUGAGGUUGUAGAUAGCUCACAGCAAGCAAGCGGAGAAACCGGUUUUCCCGACAGCCAGGAACUGUUUCUCACCCUGGACCUGGAGCCAGUACCCCCCGAACCCACCCAAGGCUGCCUCCUGGACCCGGCAGACGGAGAAGGGACCUCCGCUGCAUGUGUUUCAGUGAUCACAGCAUCUUCUCCUUCCCAGAGGCUAGUGAAGAUUAGAAAGGAAAAAAAAACGCACUCGUGAUGAAAUGUUCUCUGAGUUCAUGCAGUCCUCCCACACUGACAGAGCACAGACGAAUGCGUGGAGGACCAGGAGUUGGAAUUUGUACAAUAACUUUUGAGAUGGACCGGUACGAAGAUGUGUCAGAGGGUGAAGUGGACCACUCUUUCUUUGAUAGUGAUUUUGAGGAAGAGCCAAAGAAAGAAGAAAACCCUGUUAUAGCCAAUGGCGAAGAACAUAGUGAGCUCAUAGAAAAUGGAGGUAUGCACAUCGCCAAAUCAGACUUUGAAUCGGAAACGAAACUGAGGCAAGAACACAAUGCUGAGGAGGAAAGUGAAGAGAAAAAGAAAGAGUCACCAAAGGAAUAUUCCAUAAAUGGUGGCACUGACCAUAGUGAGAAUGUUUCAUCAGAGUCAGUUUCUUUAAGUUCAGAAAAUGCAAGUACAUCUGGUAGAAAUUCUGCGCUACGUAGAAGAAUACGUGUAAGCAUUCCAGCGGGGAUCCCCAAAAUAGUUAGAGAAGGUGAGGAGGAUUAUUAUACAGAUGAAGAAGACAGUAGUGAUGAUGGCAAAAAACAAAGGGUUAGACUUAAAUCAGCUAAGCAAUCCAGUAGCAUAAAGAAAGUUAACAAAAAGUAUACCAAUAUUAGCUCAUCCUCCUCCUCUUCUUCCUCCUCAAGUUCAGAUACAGAUGGUUCAGAUAUGGAUUCUGAUAGCUGCAUAUCAGAUUCAUCACAGUCUUCCUCAAAGGGAAGUAUAUGUAACUUGGCUCUUCUAUCUCCAAGACAAAAAUUCAGGCCAGGAAUAAAGUCGGUAGAAGUAAAACCAAAGCUUGGUGAUUACACAGAGGAGUCUGAAGAUACAGUGACUGAUGUAACACCUCUGUCAACACCAGACAUCAGUCCUGUCCAAUCUUUUGAACUUGCAGCAUCAAAUGAUAAGAAACUGAAAGUAAAAAGACAAGAAAAUGUGAGCCAAGAAUUGCAUGAUGCAGAGUUUGAUCGCAGACAUAAUCAAAAGGUCUUGCAUGAUGCUGUGGACCUGAAUCAGCUUUUGAAAGCUUUUCUACAUUUGGAGAAAAAGGAACAGCAACAACUGGUCAUUGAUCAGCCAACUCCAGGGUCAAGGAAAAAUUACUCUUUCACAAAUGACGAAGUAAGACAAAUUGAUCAGGAAAACCAAAGGCUGUUAAAAGAACUGUCCAGACAAUCUGCAAAGCCCAGGAACAAAAGUGCCACUCUGAAGAAACCUGCUGGCCUGCCGCCUAAGUUGUACCAUAGUGCUCUCAACAGGCAAAAGGAGCAGCAAAGGAUUGAAAGAGAGAAUCUGGCUCUUCUAAAGAGACUGGAAGCAGUGAAACCAACAGCUGGUAUGAAGCGUUCUGAACAGUUGAUGGACUAUCAGCGCCAUAUGGGUUAUCUAAGUUCUUCACCAUCCACAAGACGAGGAAAGUCUGCUCUAAGCCAGCUUAGCUCUUCAAGAGGAGCGUCAAGAGCAUCCAGCGCAUCCAGUGCAGUCAGUCAUAGGACUGAGAGACCAGUUUCUGAUGCAUCUAGUGGGGCAUUACGGAGACCUAAGCCCACUAAUGUUCGUGCUGCUUGGUUAUAAAUUAUUUCUACUUUGCCCAGAGUUCUUACUUGAUCACCAGACUUGUAUUUCUAUUGCUUUUGUAGAUUAUCUUGGUGCAAGAAAAUGUCAUCAUUGUUUGCUGAUUAAAGUGCACUGCAGUGUGGUGUAAUUUCUUGUAAAUUGGUUUUAAAUGGACAAUUUCAAUUUAAUCAGUGUUUCCUGAAAGAGGAUGUAUUUAUAAAAGAGAGGUGAAAAUUGAAAUUGCAAAUUAUUUUUAUUUGCAAAGCACAAAUGAAGUUCACACUUGUGAAGGAUGGAAUUGCUGAACUUUGGAUCCAAGAUGUAAAAAUUGAAAUUUUUAAUUUUAAUUUUUUAAAUUGCAAUAAAUUUUCAAGCAUGUGCUUAGUUUGUAAAUGGUCCUAAUUUUUCAUCCUUGUUUCAUCUUCAGAACUUCUAGGUCAUGGCUCAAAGGGUUUUCUUUUUAUUACAGUUUAUGGGAAUGUUUUUGAUAAAAAGUAGAUCUAUGUUUUAUUUCUUACUGAUGCAGGAAGAGGGUAUAUAAAUAUCUGAAUUUGUUGUACAGAAUAGUGGAGGAAAUCUACCUUGUAGCAGCAACAAAGUCAUUCUGGUUGCACAGCAGUACCACUUCCUUUCAUGUGAGUGAGCUAAAACGUUGAGGAUGCAGGAAGUGUCUUGUUCUGCAACUAUUGCAGAUCAUUCUAGCUGAAUAAAGAAAUGGUGUUCAUUCUGGGUCAGAGAUGAUGUCUUUUCCUGACUUAUGGACCUACACAUGGGGGGGGAGAACCUGCUGUACUGGGUGGAAAUGUUUGUUGGAUAGGAGAAUCAAUGUGAAGUGAAAUUCUAAUGUGAGGUCCAAUAAAAACAGAAAAUUCAACUACUCCUCAAACUGGCUUAAUAGCCAUUGCCUUUAGUGGUGGCACUACUUGCAGCUCUCUGCCCUGGCUCAUUGGUGGGAACAGACAUGGAGCUUUGGGAAACAAAUUUAGUAGAUAACAUCCAAGUUUUGAGAGAUACUAUCAACCAGGAUUAGAAAAGAGGACAAAGUAGAAUACAAGGAUAAAUCUGAAGUUUUGCAUUUUAACUUAUAUUUUUAAUGUUAUGUUUUAUACUAGAUCUCUUUAGUAGUUUUCAGACCAACCUUAGCACCAGUUUCCAGUUACAUAAUACAUGUAAGAUAUUAUGGAAGUGGUAAUGGGAGGCAAUAUGUCAUGUAGUUCAGUUCCAUAUCUAAACUGCAACAGGUGUUUUGGUCACUGGCCGCAGGAUUUUCUUUCAUAAAGAGCAUGAAUUAUGAUCUGCUAGCCAUAGUUACUACUGUACUUCUGCUUGUUGUCCUGACUCCCUUAUGGCAGAAAUAUUGGGGGGUCUUUCUAUUAAACAUAAAGAAAAAGUUUUGUUAAAUAGUGUUGCGACCUAGACCUACAAAAGUAAGAUCCAUUUUCUCCCUCCAUGUUUAGCACAAUGGCAUAAGUUUUUGAAUAUUUAAUAUUGUGAUACAUUUGGCACACAGGAUCAUCUAGUUUCUUUUGUCCUCUCUGAUAACUUGACAACUGUAUUGGUUAAAGAAGCUUUACCUCUGAACCUGCUGACUUUUGUGGAUUAAAUUUUUAUAUGCUUGACAAUGUUCAAACAGUUUUUAACUUUAAACAGUAGUAUAGAAAAAAGCUAUAAUUGAAAUUAUUGUUCUUUGUGACUGUAACGUUCUUUGAAUAGUACUGCUGUAAUUAUUUGUAUAACUGUGCUGAUUAAAAUUAUUCACCAUUUAAAGUCUUUAUUUUUGAAUGAGACACAAAUAAACUACAAUAUCAAGGUUACACUAUGCA